AUGGCGGGGAAGCCGCUCCUCUUCCCCUCCAUCUUUGAGUCUCAAUACCCCUUGGCGAUGGCGGGAUCAAACCCUUUUCGCAGAAAUCUGGGAUCCCCCGAAUCCGUCUUGCCCUCACCCUCAAAUGUUGCCCCUGAUAUAUUCAAGUCGCAAUUUACCCCACCGACCGUCUCCGACGGUGACGGGAAGUCGUCAAUCCCCCUCGAGCUCGAGGUAAACGACUCGAGCUCGAGCUCCGAUGACGACAACCCAUUCAACCCAGACCUGUCGGCCAGCGAAAGCGAUGAGCACAAUCGACAGACCCGUUGGUCAGCUCCCGAUGAUCGUCCACCAUCCUUUGGGUCCGCUCCACACCAAGCUCCAUCGCCAGAUGGAUCCUCCACAUCGUCCAGUUCACCCGACCGCAACAUGCGCUCGGUAGGGGGCACAGCCCCUGACACACAUCCGUCUCCGGACUCCUCCCAUCACGCAAUACACGUACGUCAGCCAGUACAGCCAGGCUCCAGGCUGGAAGCAAGUACCAGCCCGCCCAGCCGCAGAGACAAGAAGCCACCCCCUCCGCCGAAAAGCCAUCAUGGACGGAGGAUCAGCUCUACGACUGCUGAACCCCCAGAAACCGGACGGUCUCAAUCGACAAACCGUCUGUCCAUUCAUGGCUCCCCUCACAGUUUGAUGCCCGGGGGCUUACACCCUAGCACGGUGUCUUUGCCAUCAACCGCGGACUACUCGGGUUCAGUGGACAACCACCGAGCGACGGAACCCACGGGUUCGCUCACACGCAGUCAUUCCCAGAACAAACGCCCGCCGACACCGCCGCUCAGUCGACGGCAGAGUCAAAUGCGGAGAUCCAAGUCUACACAGUCGAAACAUCAUCGAUUAACCAUGUCUUCAUACGAGCGCGACUCAGGGAGUAAUGAUGGCUCUCGUCCUCCCAGUCCGGGUCUGUCGACUCCAUCUACUCGGUCUCUUGCACGCAACAGGCUCAGUAUGCCCCCGCCAUCUUUGGGAGAUUUCCAACCGAUCACUCCCCUGGCGGAUGUUCCCUCCAACCUCUCCCCUCCUCCCACCUCUAGACCGUCUUCACUGAAAGCCGGACGGCGUGCCUCCUCUUACGGUACUCCGGGAACUGCCGCGGGCUCUACAGGACCCCCUCCGCCUCCCUCCGCCGCGGCGCACGCGAGACUCUAUGAUCCGUAG